GUUGUUUUGCCUGAGCUUGCCUUGUCAAUGGCAGCUUGAGGGGAACACACCAACGAAGAACAAGAAAGGAACUUGUGGGUGGGGAUCUAAGCAACAAAACAACUCACCUGUUUUCUUUUUUCCAUUUUCUCGCAAUCUUAGAAAGAAAAAAAGCUAUUGACUUUCAGAAACACCAUGGCGGCGUGUGCUAGCGGCAGCGACGACCGUGACGUUGGCGGUUUGGGUACUGUCCUACUUCAGACCCAUCGAGGUGGCGCUUCUCAGCCCCUUGAAUCGUUCUUCCUGCCUUCGUCUUCUUCUCCUUCUUUCCUCGGUCCAAGAUCCAUAGUCCGUUUCGACGAUUCGAACGGAUCAACAACAAGCAGGCCCUUCUUC